GGCUCCGCCCCAGGCGCUGCGCUCUGAGCCUGUCCACCGCUGGGACUCCAGGCGACCUCAGCUCCCGGGUCAAACAGGUGCCCAGGGCACUGUUCUCGUACUGCGUCCCCAGCAGCUCUGAGGGUGCUUCUCAGCGUGAACAUGGUGCAGAAAUACCAGUCUCCCGUCCGUGUAUACAAGUACCCGUUUGAGCUGGUCAUGGCGGCCUAUGAGAAGCGCUUUCCCACCUGCCCGCUGAUCCCGAUGUUCCUGGGCAGCGAGGUCCUGCGCGAGUCCCGCAGCGCAGAUGGCGCGGUGCACGCGGUGGAGCGGAGCUGCAGGCUGCGAGUGGACGCCCCGCGGCUGCUGCGGGAGAUGGCUGGUGUGGAGCACGUGGUGUUUGUGCAGAAAAACAUCCUGAACUGGAGGGAGCGGACACUCUUCAUCGAGGCGCACAACGAGACCUUUGCAAGCCGCGUGAUGGUCAAGGAGAACUGCAGUUACACGGUUCACCCUGAGAACGAAGACUGGACUUGCUUUGAACAGUCAGCCUCGCUGGACAUCCACUCUUUCUUUGGCUUUGAAAAUGCCUUGGAGAAGAUCGCCAUGAAGCAGUACACUGCCAAUGUCAAGAGAGGGAAGGAGGUGAUCGAACACUAUCUGAAGGAGCUCAUCUCCCAGGGCACCUCCCACAUUCCCCGCUGGACACCGGCUCACGUCAGAGAGGAGCACGCAGGCAGCCAGUCUGCCCCGCGGCACCCCAGCUCCCUGGAGACAGAGGGCCUCAGUGAUGCCCCAGGCCCUGCCCCCGAGAUGGCUGAAGGGGACAAGCUGGAGGCGGAUUACAUCGAGAGGUGCCUGGGCCGUCUCACCCCCACGCAGGAGAGUUGUCUGGUCCAGCUUCGGCACUGGCUACAGGAGACGCACAGAGGCAAGAUACCCAAAGACGAGCAUAUCCUCCGGUUUCUACGGGCACGGGACUUCCGCCUGGACAAGGCCCGGGAGAUGCUGCAUCGGUCCCUGAACUGGCGGAAGCAGCACCAGGUGGAUCACCUGCUGCAGACCUGGCGGCCCCCCGCGCCCCUGCAGGAGUUUUAUGCGGGAGGCUGGCACCACCAGGACAUAGAUGGCCGCCCUCUCUACAUCCUGCGCCUGGGGCAGAUGGACACCAAAGGCUUGAUAAAGGCUGUUGGGGAGGAGGCACUGCUUCAGCACGUUCUUUCUGUCAACGAGGAAGGUCAGAAGAGGUGCGCAGGGAACACGAGACAGUUUGGCCGUCCCAUCAGCUCCUGGACCUGUCUGCUGGACCUGGAGGGCCUCAACAUGCGGCACUUGUGGAGGCCAGGGGUAAAGGCCCUGCUGCGUAUGAUCGAGGUGGUGGAGGAUAACUACCCCGAGACCCUGGGCCGGCUGCUCAUUGUGCGAGCGCCCCGCGUCUUCCCUGUGCUCUGGACGCUGAUCAGCCCCUUCAUCAACGAGAACACCAGGAAGAAGUUCCUUAUCUAUAGUGGCAGCAAUUAUCAGGGCCCUGGUGGCCUUGUGGACUACCUGGACAAGGAUGUGAUCCCCGACUUCCUCGGGGGAGAGAGUGUGUGUAAUGUCCCCGAAGGAGGACUGGUCCCCAAGUCCCUGUAUCUGACGGAGGAGGCGCAGGAGCAGGCUGACCAGUUGAGACGGUGGAGUGACACCUACCACUCGGCCAGUGUGUCCCGCGGGGCUCCCCACGAGGUUGCCCUAGACAUUCCUGAAGGGGAGGCGGUCAUCACCUGGGACUUUGACAUCCUUCGUGGGAACGUGGUGUUCAGCCUAUAUCACGCGAAGCAGGCACCUAACCCAGGGCCCCAGGAGCCUGGGGCCAGGGCCAACGGGCAGCUGAUUGACAAAGGCUGGGUCCUGGGCACGGAUUACAGCCGCGUGGAGGCGCCCCUCCUCUGCCGGGAGGGGCAGAGCAUCCAGGGCUCUCAUGUGACGCAGUGGCCCGGAGUCUACUUCCUUCAGUGGCAAAUUCACAGUCCCUCGGGCAGUGUGGCCUGCAGCCUUCCAGGCGUGGACGACGUCCUGACAGCUUUGCACAGCCCUGGGCCCAGGUGCAAACUGCUCUAUUACUGCGAGGUGCUGGCAUCCGAGGAGUUCAGGGGCUCCAUGUCCAGCCUAGAGUCCUGCGCCAGCCGCUUCUCCCAGCUGAGCACGGCCUCCACCGCCUCCUCCUCCGGCCUGUCCCACAGUGGCUCCCUGGUGUCCAGAUAGCCAGCCAGGCCCUGAGAGCAACCUGGAGGCCUCUCACAUCUGGAGGUGCCCAGCAUGAGAAGCCAGCCACCUAGACGCCUGCGACCAUGUGGCCUGCAGUCCCUGGUUUAGAUCUGCCAACUUUGGGGUGUGGGGACCUCACAACAAGGAUCUAGCCCUGGGCCUGCGUAGAGCCAGAACCCCAGACCAGGCCUUUGAGAUGGUAAGAUUAGGUCCUCCUCAGCUUUUGGCAUUUUAUAAGGAAAUGCACAGCCCCAUGGAUGUUCCAUCCUCAUCUCCUGGGUCUGGGGUCAGGGAUGGAACGAGGCCUGGGUCUCCUUUUUCCAGUUGUACUUCCUGUGGAUCAGCCUCCUCCUCAGGCUGUCCUUCCCUACUCAAGAGACCCAUCACUGAAAGGAGUUCUCCCUAAGCCUCCUAACCCCCAGGUAGGUGCAGAAGGGAAUCUGUCCUAAAAGUUCCAGGUUGCAUGCAAGAACCUCCACUUAGCCUGCUGGGAACCCGUGUCCAUUUUUGAGCCACUCGCAGUUGCCAGCAAGUG